GUCCCGCAGUUGCUUCGGUCGGCAGUCUCGCUGGUAGGAGUAGUGCCGGCCAAGGAACCGCAGCGAGGGUUGGACCUUCCAAGGCAGUUUAGAGCUGGGGACUGAGCUGCUGUGGUGCAGUCAGGUCAUGAGCCCGACCAGGCACUGGGGAGAGUGGUUCCUGAAUCUGUGGGUGCCCCCCGCCGGGGUAUUUGGUGUGGCCUUGCUUGCCCGAGUGGCCCUGGUUUUCUAUGGGCUCUUCCAGGACCGGACACUGCUCGUGAGGUAUACAGACAUCGACUACCAGGUCUUCACCGACGCCGCGCGUUUCGUCACGGAAGGGCGCUCCCCUUACCUGAGGGCGACGUACCGUUACACUCCGCUGCUGGGGUGGCUCCUCACGCCCAACAUCUAUGUCAGUGAGCUCUUUGGAAAGUUUCUCUUCGUCAGCUUCGACCUCCUCACCGCCUUCCUCUUAUACCGGCUACUGCUUCUUAAGGGGCUGGGUCGCCGCCAGGCUUGCGGUUACUGUGUCUUUUGGCUUCUUAACCCCCUACCUAUGGCGGUGUCCAGCCGAGGCAAUGCGGACUCAAUCGUCUCCUCCCUGGUGCUUAUGACCCUGUACCUAAUAGAAAAAAGGCUCGUCGCCUGUGCCGCUGUAUUCUAUGGUUUCGCAGUGCAUUUGAAGAUGUAUCCGGUGACCUAUAUCCUUCCCAUAGCACUCCACUUGCUUCCGGAACGCGACAGUGACGAAGGCCUCCGUCAAUCCCGGUAUUCUUUCCAGGCUCGUCUGUAUGAAUUCCUGAAGAGGCUGUGUAAUCGGGCUGUGCUGCUCUUCGUAGCCGUUGCUGGACUCACGUUUUUUGCCCUGAGCUUCGGUUUUUACUACAAAUAUGGUUGGGAGUUUUUGGAGCACACCUACCUGUAUCACCUGACCAGGCGGGAUAUCCGUCACAACUUCUCUCCAUACUUCUACAUGCUGUAUUUGACCGCAGAGAGCAAGUGGAGUUUUCCCCUGGGAAUUGCCGCAUUCCUGCCACAAUUCAUCUUGCUUUCAGCAGUGUCUUUUGCUUAUUACAGAGACCUUGCCUUUUGUUGUUUCCUUCAUACGUCUAUUUUUGUGACAUUUAACAAAGUCUGCACCUCCCAGUACUUUCUUUGGUACCUCUGCCUCCUGCCCCUUGUGAUGCCACUAGUGAGAAUGCCUUGGAGAAGAGCUGUGUUUCUCCUGACGUUAUGGUUCAUAGGGCAGGCCUUAUGGCUGGCUCCUGCUUAUGUUCUUGAGUUUCAAGGAAAGAACACCUUUCUGUUUAUCUGGUUAGCUGGUUUGUUCUUCCUCCUUAUCAACUGUUCCAUCCUCAUUCAAAUCAUUUCCCAUUACAAGGAGGAACCCCUGACUGACAGAACCAAAUAUGACUGAUAGAUGCUCCAGUUCUUCUGCAACUUCCAUUCUGAUUGUUCUGAAUGGACCAAAGAGAGCUUUGGAAAGAAUUUUUUUGAACAUCCUAAGCACUCUAGUGAAACUUCAGUUUAGAGCAUAAAACCCUAUUCCAACGAAUUUAAAUGAAUGUUUGCCUUAUAAAGGGGACUCAGUACCUGAGGUCCACCCUUUAGGAAAUCUCAGGACUCAUUUAUCUGGGACAUGAUGGGAAGUAAAGGUUACUAGUUUGAAAACAGAAGGGCUGAUGAAAUUAUCAGAUGCUAAAAGGUUUUCGUAGAAAAUAGAGGAAACAUAAAGUCAAAAAACAUAAAGUCUAAGCCAGUAUUUGUCCCAGUAUUUAUACUGUGGUACUAUCUGAAGCUGUCUUAUCUUUUAACUCCCACUUUUUCGUUCUGAAGCUUUCUUGAUAACUGAAAACUCAUAAAAUGUUCCUAAAGUACAGCUUUUAGAUAUGAAGUGUUAAAUAAUGAUGCUGUGCUUAGGUUGGGAAAGUUAAUUCUGUAUUAAAAGUGGGGGCUUAGAAGAUAAAGAAUCCAAAGAAUUUAAAUUGUCAUGUUUCAUGUAUUUGUUUUAUAACUUAGUUUUUCAGUGCUUAGUCCCAGUGGUAAUAGACUGCUGUUUGGUUUUUUAUAAAAAGGAUUAAAUUUAAAUUCAUCCAUCUUUAAACUUUUCAACAUAUUUUAAAAUAGCAUCUUGCUUUAUAUGUUUGAGGUCACACACUGUAAGGACAUUGUAGAACUCUCUUUUACCCCUUUAAUUUGCUGAUUGCUAAAAAACCUAUUUCAUUUAGAGCUUAAGUUAAUCAAGUGUUAUCAGUGUUGUAAAAAUGAUGAGUAGGUUUUAGGUGGUAAAAUAUUAAAUUGUUAAUAAGGCAUUUCCCAGCUUACAAAUACCUUACUUGUGAAAAUUCCAUGAUAGGAAUGGAGGCCUGCAUGGGAGGCUCCUGGAAAGCGUAAGAAGCAUCCUAAUAGCCAUUAGUCUUUUAGACCAGGAAAUUGAGGGAGAGAUUGUGGAAAUGAGGCUUUGGUGGCCAGAUCCAUUUACCUUAUUACUAUAAUAUUUCUAGGAAAAAAUGCUUUGUGAGUUUCAAACAAGCAAGCUAAAAAAAUUUUUUUAAAAAAUAGCCUAUCUAGGUGGUGACUCCCUAACGCUCUAAAAUGCAUUAGCAAUGAGUGAGUUUGAGUUUAUGAUUUUGAUAUUAAAAGAUGAGUAAUUUAACAACAUUGUUCUUUCACAGUUAAAAAGAAAAACAAAAACCUCCGGAGAAGUAGUAUAUUUCAUGUCAGUUCAGGCCUAAAAAGCCUCUGAGAAUAAGCUGUCUGUUGGCAGGUCAUAAUUAAGAAUGCUAUUACUGGCAGCACUUCUUAGAUCGAUACCUUUUGCGACGCACUAUUAGAAAGAAGGGAUGAAUGGGUGGCUUUGCAUGGGUUGCUGUUAGGGUGAAAAUAGCAGAGACAAUUAAUUGUUGAGGACGGUGACCUUUCUUAUAACAUCGUGUUUCAUAUCCCACAUUAGAUAUUAUCUUAAGGGCUCUUUGUAUAUGAUUGUUUAUUAGUGGCCUUGCAGCCAUGGCAUUCGUACCUUUUUUUUCCGUUCAUCCCUUUAUAAUGAUAAUUUUAAAAAUUUUUUUCUGGUAGAACUAGUGGGAAAAGGGAAACAGUAAGAGAAUUCCAACAUCUCAUUAUAAUUGUCUUUUUGGUAUCCCUGACUAAUUUUUUUUUAAUAGGAAUUGCUAUCUAUCUAUUUAUUUAUUGCUAUUUAUUUAUUUAGGCUGUGUUGGGUCUUCGUUGCUGUGAGCGGACUUUCUCUAGUUGCGGCGAGCGGGCUUCUCAUUGCGGUGGCUUCUUUUGUUGUGGGGCACGGGCUCUAGGCCAGCGGGCUUCAUACUUGUGGCUCACGGGCUCUAGAGCGCAGGCUCAGUAGUUGUGGCACACGGGCUUAGUUGCUCCGCGGCAUGUGGGAUCUUCCCAUACUAGGGCUCCAACCUGUGUCCCCUGCAUUGGCAGGCGGAUUCUUAACCACUGCGCCACCAGGGAAGCCCCCUGACUAAUUUUUUAAUAGUCACAAGUGUACUUACUUACUCAUUUCCUUAUUAUUAUUAUUUUUUACUUUAACAUUCUUUGUUGUGCUUUACUCUUCCUACUUACAUUGAAAUUGCUGAAUAAUAUUCUAUCACAUGGAUGUUCACAUUGUAAAUGCAUCAUAAGACUUUAAACAUUUUGCAUGUUUUAGAUCACUCCCUUAACGUUCUUAGAAGUCAGUGGAGUUCUGUUGGGAUCUUUGGAGGGAACUGCAGAGCCUGCCUUACAAGAAAUUCUCUACCAAAGAACUGCAGGCGUUUCUUAAAAGAUGCAGAGAGUAUUUUAUAGCUUAUAUGCUGCGAGACAUUUAGUAAAUUAACUCAAGAAAUGAUUUCAUUUGGUCUCGGGUUUUUAAUUUUUUUCAUUUAUUUUUGUGUUCCAGUUUUGUAGAAUCUCUUUUGUCUUCUUUUCACUUGCAGUCCUUUGGUUUCUUUAUUCAUCCUGUAAUAACACUUUAAAAUUGAAUAGCACUUUGGCUUAUUUCCUAUAUGAUUCUUUUUGUUCUUAUGCCACCUCUUAAGAUCAAUAUACCCAUUUACAGAUAAGCAUUAAUUAUUAGCAUAUGAAGCAUGGUUCUCAAGAUGGUCUGUGUUCUAAACAGAGGGACUGCAUUACUUAUUUUCUUCUAUAGUUGCCUUAAUGUCUUCAAAAUGUGGUCCCUAAAUAUCCCUAGAUAAAGUCCCUAGAUUAGGUCCAUUGGAAAGGCUAAUCUCUUUGUUAAAACCAUGUUGUUUCAGUUACUGACUUAUCAUCUGGCUGAAUGACUCUGUAAGUGACAUAACAUUGUUUCAGAAGUUUUGUAGGACUUGCCUUUUAGUUAGUUGACUUGUGGCUGAAUAUAGUGUUAUUUCUCCAGCUGUUUUCUGUUCUAACCACCCUUACCUCAACCAUCUAUGCAAUGAGUGGAAACGGAAAAAAUGGAAAAUUUCACAUGGGACAGUCCCUAAAUGCAACCUCUUGGUUUUUUUUUUUUUCCCCCAAUGCUUUACUAUGAACAAUUUUAAACAUUACCCAUAUGCCUACUAUCUAAGUUCAACAAUUAACAUUUUGCCAUGUUUGCUUUAUUUAUAUAAUUUUUAUUUAUUUAUAUAUAAUUUUUUUCUGAACCAUGCAAAGUUGCCAACAACAUUGAACUUCACCACUAAAUACAUCAGCGUGCAUCUCCUAAAAAUAGUCUUUUCUUACAAAACUAGUAUAUUGUUAUCUAAUAUAAUUUUAACAUCCUGUCCAUUUUCAAAUCUCUCCAAUUAUUUUGUGUUUAAUUUUAAAGAAUAGACAUUCUUGGAUCUCAAAGAUUCCAUGAAAGAAAGAGAUGAUAAAUAAUCUAUGAUUAAGAAGUUUGGAUAUUUCCCUGGUCUUUAAAACAGAGUGAGAACUAAAGGGAUUUACCUUCCAUCAAAGUUGAACAAACAAUUUUUUUGUGCAAAUCUUUCUGUCUCCCUCCUAAGAAAAUAAAGGGUAGUAAUCAUCCCUAAUAAGUUUUCCAAAUAAGAGAUUAUAUAUGUUUAGAUUCUUUUUUUUGUCUACACCGCACGGCUGGCAGGAUCUCAGUUCCCUGGCCAAGGAUUGAACCCUGGCCAUGACAGUGAAAGCCCGGAAUCCUAACCACUAGACCACCAGGGAACUCCCCAUGUUUAGAUUCUUUUUUUAAAAAAAUUUAUUUAUUUAUUUAUUUAUUUUUGGCUGCUUUCGGUGUUCGUUGCGGUGCACGGGCUUCUCAUUGCUGUGGCUUCUCUGUUGCGGAGCAUGGGCUCUAGGCGCACGGGCUUUAGUAGCUGUGGCACGUGGGCUCAGUAGUUGUGGCUCACGGGCUCUAGAGCGCAGGCUAAGUAGUUGUGACACACGGGCUUAGUUGCUCCGUGGCAUGUGGGAUCUUCCCAGACCAGGGCUCAAACCCAUGUCCCCUGCUUUGGCAGGCGGAUUCUUAACCACUGCACCACCAGGGAAGUCCCACGUUUAGAUUCUUAAUACCUACCCCUCUCCUCCAACAACAGGUGAUUAACUGAUUUUAAAUCUUGAUUAUAAAUUCUGGCUUUUCAUGACUGUAUGAGUUGGGGUACCUAUUCCACCACAUACGGUUUCAUUUCGUUUUCACAGCAACACUUUAGAGUUGAUAUUUGUACUUCCAUUUCAUAGGUGAACAAAGAGGCUCAAAGAUUAAAUGGCUUACAAAUAAGUGACAGGGCUAGAAUUUGAAGCAAAUUUUGCCUUAUUAAAUGUCAUACUCUUUCUACUAUAUUAGGUUUUGGAUUUUUCCAAAGUGCCCAGUUGCAACGGAUAAAGAUUGUGGCAAAAUAAAUGAAACUCACCAUCACUCUAACAAAUGUCUUGCCAAUCAAUUUGUCCUUAAUCUUUUAGGUAUUUGCUUGAGGGGCAGUUCUCUUGCAGUUGUGCAAGUUUCUGUCAUCCCCAAACUUUUCUCUUUAAUAAUUCCAGACCUUUAAUAACCCCCUCCCACAUCCAAACCCUCUCACCAAAUUGUAUAAUUUCUUUGUUACUGCUGACUUUGCAAUGCCCUUUCCCUCUGUAGCCUGGUCUAAGAAGCUGAUUUGCUGAACCACAUGUUAGCCCAUCUAUUUGUAAAUCAAGCUAUGGAAAUUAUGUGAACAUGAUUUCCAAAUGAUUAUUGUUAAAUUUCUCUUGCUCUACGAUGUACCUUCUGCAGUGUGCAUUCAUACAAUUAAAACUCAUGUCCUAUACUGAUAGUAUAGCAUAAGAGAACACAGAUUCAUAUAGUUUAGGUUCAAAUUCCAGCGUGUAACCUUGGGCAAAAUUCUUUUAUCUAGAUGAAAUAGUUUUCCAUCCGUGAAAUGAGGAUGAUAAUGUAAUCCUCAUAGAACUGUUUGUAAGAAUUAAAUGAGUUUAAAUAAACCCAAAGUGCUUAUGCUGGCCCAGGACAAGCCAUUCCCUAUCACCUCCCCAGCUUUAAUAUCUGUUUACAAGCCUUUAAAGAAGGAGCACAUUUUGGAAUUUAGGCUUAAGCCUUUUCCUCCCAAUUUACUAGGAUUUAGGAAAAGAACCUGGAUUUGUACUAAAUAAUUGUCUUAACUACCUGUCAAUAUAAACUUUAUUCCUUCUAAAUAAUUGUUUUCACUACCUGUUAAUAUAAACUUUAUUCCUUCUGUUAAUAUAAACUUUAUUCUAAACUUUGAUCUGGUUCUCUGAGAAGAUAGUAGUUAUAUGUGAAAAUGUAUGCACAGGUUUUUUAAAUGUCUAGUUCUGGCUUGACAAUUUUGUAUUUGUGCAUUCCUGUCAUACAUUGGCUGGCUCUACGCAGUGGAGGUUUGGCUCUUGCCCCUAAGUUACACAGCACUUCUUUUUUCCAUUGUGUUGAGGGGUCAUUCAAGGGUUGGUUCUCUGUUGAUGGAAGCACGUGUCCUCUGCCUAGAUCAGAGUCAUCAGAAUAGCACAAGCAUUUAUUCAACGCUGAUCCAGGAGAACCAUUCAUUUAGUCAAAACAGCAUUCAUAUUCAUUAUCCUAAAGAAAAAAAAACAGACUAAAUGGGAAUAUUUCUAGCUGCUCAGACACUUUGCUAAUUGUUAUAUCUGCUAUAUAAUAUGAAAUGACACUUAUAGUGACUAUUUAAAGAUAAUUUGGAUCAUGAAUGUUUGAAGCUCAGUGAUUUCACAAAGAGAAUUUUUAACUUUCUUUGCUCUCUGUUCUUUUGGUGAUUAUUUAUAAAUCCAGGCCUAUGCCAAGUCCUAUAAUAGACAAGUAAGACAAGAUCCACGCUCUUGAAGAGUUGACAGUAAGGACAGAAGCAUUAAUAUAAUAAAAUUCCAUAUGAGACCUCAUUAAGUUCCACAACAAUCCUGUGAUUUGUAAAAUGGGGCAGUAGAAGGUAUUACUAUUCCUAUUUUACAGAUAAGAAAAUCGAGGCUCAGAAGCAAGUGACUUUCUAAGGCCACACAGCUUGCAGGCCUACACUUAGAAAAGAGUAGGUCUUCUGAUUCUAAUUCUAUAUUUUGCAAGUCCUCCUUAAUUCCAUAUGAUGCAGGUGUUCACAGUGAAAGGCUUCAUUUGUUUACCAAAUGUCAUUCAUUUAACAAAAGGUCCCGAGUAUCUUCUAUGUGGCAGACAUUGUUCUGGGCAAUGUGAAUGCAGCUCUGAGUGAGGCAAAGACUCUGUCUUCAUGGAGCUUACAUUUCCAUGGGAGGCAAAGAAGAAGCAAACACAUGAUUGUGACGAUUGCCAUGAAGAAAAAUAAGGUCAGCUAAGGAAGUAGUGAUGGCAGUGAGGAGAGGUGUGGGUGCUGUUGUAGAUAAAGCAGUUGGGGACGGCAUCUUGAGGUGGCAUUUGAGCAGAGACCUGACAGAACGAAGACAUGACAUUCAUGCAGCUCUCUGGGGAAGAGCAUACCUUACUGAGUGGAAGGCAGUGCAAAGGCCCUGAGAUAGGAAAGAGCUUGGCAUGUUUAAGGAACAGCAGGAAGGGGAGUAUAAUUGAUUGGAGUGAGCAAGGAGCACCCAGAAUCUAAUUCACAGUAUCCAGUAGAACGUGAAUGCUAGUUGAGAAAUACAAUUAACAUUAGUAUUUUUAUUGGCCUGUAAUAGAAUAACUUUGAACUCAACCUGUUUUUCCUGACGUUUGAGCACAUGUUAAUUUGUAAGGAAGAUGAAAUACAUAUAAACAAGUAACUUGAGCAGUGUUACAAGGUACAUUCACAUGUUACUUUGAGAUGUGAGGAUUGUCUUGAAUCCAUUUUUACAGAUGAGAACCCUAAGGCUUAGAAUGUAUGCACUCUGCCCAAGGUCAGAGUUAGUAUGUGAGACGGGACCAGAACCCAUAUCUUCUGGAGCAAAAUUUACUACUCCAUUCUCUGUACUACCCUUGUCAUUUAGAUAUUGACCCUAGAAGGUAGGAAGUUUGGGGAAAAGUUUUCCAACAGAUCAUUCAUUCAUUCAUUUAGUAAACAUUUCCUAAGGGUUUACUUUGUUCCAGACACUCAGCUAGGCUGGGGAUAUGAGGAUGAUUAUGACAACAGUCCUUGCUUCAAGGAACUCACAGUGUCUAAUAGAGGACACAGAUGGAAAGGUGAUUAUAAUUCAGUGUGACAAUGGCUAGAGCAAAUACAUAAAGUAAUUGGGAGCACUUCACUAAUCCAUGCAUUUGACAAAGCUAGCACACAACAUGGUGCAUACUAGUGUUAAAUUAAUUAAACAAGGAGGCCAUUAGACCGAGAUGGUUCCAAUACCUUAGCAGCCUGCAUAAGCAAGC